CACAGAGAUAAGCUAUGAAUGGGAGAGGACGGCAGGCUGAGGCAGACACAGGGACACACUCUCUGCUGUAGCGUUACACAUUACUCCAGCUGCAGUCAUAGCCAUGCAGGAGCAGACGAGGAGAGGAGGGAGGAUGGAGGAGGAGGGAGGCAGGCCGGCAGGGCGGGGCUGCUGAGUGACAGAGAGGGAGGAAGCUGCUCAACAGACGAACAAGAUAAAACACAGAGGAGGAGGAGGAGGAGGAAGAGAGAGAGUAUAUCCACAAGACGUGAGUGCCGGCAGCAGAGGAGGGUGGGGGCUUCCAGACUGGAUGGGCCCAGCGAUGCCUUGAUGGAGUAUGGGCCAGGUUUUAGGAUUCUCCCACUGCCAGGAAUAUGGCUCUGUGGCGUCCACUCCAGACUCAACGCCUCCAUGCACCGAUGGCGGAAACGAGGAGUCGGAGAUGUACGAGCUGCAGACGGCCAGGGAGUGGUCUGAUGAUGACAUGGGGGGCGAUGGAGAUCCAGAUGAUGACGAGGGUCUGGCUUCAUCCCCGUCCAUCUGGGGGACUCCCCGCCAGAACUCCUACGAGCUGACUUUCUCCUACAUCGCCAUCGCCGAGCCCGAAUCGGUGGGAGCCUCCCGACACCUCCGGGACCGACGCAGGGCCGGCUCUCGGGGGAGUCGCACCCCUUUGAUCCGCACGGACACCCUGGAAACACUGCUGGACCCCCCAGAUGUAGAGUGGGACCCUCAGGCCUUCCUCAGUCAAGAGGAGGAAGAGGAGGAGAGGAGAGAGCUGGAGAGGGCGGAGGCGGGAGCCGUGAGGAGGGAGCAGCACGGACAAAAUGAGACUAUUACAAACCAACCGGCUGCCCAAAGUCCAGAUCCAGAAAUCCAAAGUGAGGAGUCUCCGAGCAGUCUGACCCAGAUUACCCAGCAUUCCUCUGCAUCCCCGUCUUCCCAGCAUCAGAGCCCCUCACAGGUCCUUCAGGCAGCAGCAGCCUCACCGACCCCCGAGCCAGAGUCCCCCGUACACAGGGAAACCAUUUCAGUCAAGCUGCUCACAUCUGUGCGAGCCAGAGGCCCGGCGUCCUCGUCGCCAGCCGCCAUUGGUCGAAACUCUCAGGGACAGCUGGUCAGUGAUCACUGGUUUUCAGCACUCAACCUAUCAGAGGACCCGACAGUAUGCACCCACAUAGCAGUGAUGGACCUGAUCUUCUGGAAGGACACGGAGCGAACGGGCAUGAUCCUAACGGGUUUAGUGGUCGGCCUGCUGGCCCUGUUCCAGCUCAGCAUCAUCACCGUGGUCUCCACCGUCUCCCUGGCCGUCAUGUGCUUCACCAUCUCAGUGCGCAUCUACUACCAAGUCCUCUACAUCCUCAGCUGGGGCGACGGACAACAUCCCUUCAAGUCAUACUUGGACAUGGACAUCAGUUUCAGUGGCGAGGAGGCUGACCUCUAUAUGCAGAAAGCCAUUGUCAUGGCUGUGUCUGCUGUUGAAUCUUUGAAGGGACUCUUUUUUGUUAAAAACCUCUUGGAGUCCAUCAAGUUGCUGGUUCUGAUGUACCUCGUGACGUACCUGGGAGACCUGUGCAACGGCCUUACUCUGCUCAUCAUCAGUGUGAUCGCUGUCUUUUCUCUGCCACUUUUCUACAGACAACGCCAAGAGCAGGUGGACAGCGUCAUUGCAAAAAUCCAGGCCAACAUUGACAACGUCUUGGACAUCUUUCAAAGACUUGCCCAGGGUGGUGGCCCCGCUCCUGACCCGACUCCUGGUGGCGCCAAACCCAACGCCCAGUAAACACUGAUGGACAAGAACUUAAAGAGGAGCUCCUAGAGUUACAGGCUGUCACUCAGAUGUCUUACCCAGCAGUCUGUGCUCAGAGCUCCAGGGGGCGGAGCUCCGGAGACCUGGCAGGGGAAGGGAGGCGACUUUAACGGACAAUGAUGAGGAUCAUGCAUGGUACUUUAUACUCUGACUGUAUCUACGUUAUGGGGGUUGGAGGUUUGGGUUUUGGGUUUAAAAAACUUAAUCAAAGUGAAAUCAAGGUGUGUGAAUCCUGGAUGAGACUCUCGCUGCUGACGUCAGAGAUGGAAAGAUUCAACCACACAGCUAUGUGACCGUCCUUGGAAAUAUUCACAGUUUUUAAUAUGUACAAAUGACUCAAGAAGUGUCUUAGAUGGCAGAGAGCUGUAGUCCAAAUGAGGUACUAAGACCAGGAAUGCAACGUUCCCACACAAACAGCUACUCACCUAAAGGGAAGUCAGUACUUAAGGUAAAAAACAGGGGUUAUCAUCAUUCAUGGCAGCAUUAAACUGGCAAUUAAAGAUGCAUGUGUCAGCACAUGCACUUUUUUUCUGAAUGCAUAUUCAUUCACAUGACUGUUUCUCUGUGUGUGUGUGUGUAAGUAUGAAUGUGUGUGUGUGCGCGUGUGUGUGUGUGUGCAUGUAAUUUCUGCCAUGCAGCUUGCUGAAAUGAAAAUGUUACCUACAUUAAAAUCACGUUUCUUCUUUAUUUUCCCAAACUUUGUUUCUUUUUACCCACACAGGCAUUCACUUUCAUUCACACCAUCAUUCACAUGACAUUUGAGAUUUUUUUUUAAAUUUUGGGUAACGCUUUAUAUUAAGGUCCUUGUAAUAACCAUUAAUUAACAAGUAAUAAGGCCCUUGUAAGUCCUUACUAGAUGCUUAUUAACAUUAUUGUGUGUUUAUAAGCCUAUAUAAGUGUUAAUAAUGGCAUUAUAAUAUAGCUAAUAGCAGGCUAUAAGAGAUGUAUAAUAACAUUAAUAAAAGCCUCAUGAGUGUCUUAUAAUUCUUCAUAAUAGAAUUACAAACACCCAUAACCCACCCAUUAUGUCGUUGCAAUGCCUUUAUUAAUCUUAUUUUGUUUGCUUAUUGAUAUUAAAAUAUACUUUAUUGCUCAUCUAUUAUAAGUUAACUAUAAGUUAACUAUGCUUUUUGCAACUACCGGAUCUAAAGCGAGAACAAUGCCUUAUUACUUCUUAAUUAAUGGUUAUUAAGGACCUUAAUAUAAAGCGUUACCAAAUUUUGUUUUGUUUUUGUCAUGUUAUUUUGUUGCUUAUACUUCUCUGAAAUUGUAUCAUAAUAUUCAGAGCGAGGGACUGAUUCUUCAACGAUGUAUCAUAAAUGGAAGAGAAUCAUUUGACAGGAAGUUCCCCGUUGAAAGACGAGAUGGUUUGAUGAUACAAGAAGCGCUGAGAUUUCAGAUUGAUAUCCUCUCUGAGCUCUUAAUGUGAUUAUUUCCAGCGUUGUGGAGGAAUGUGGGAGUGAAAUACAGCAGGUGCCUUUCUAACUGCAGGUUAAAGUUGCAUGAUCUGAUUCACAGCUUUCAGCCACUUCUCCUCCCAUUACAAACCACCACUCAUCACCUGACCAUUGCCUUCCUCAGAACGGUGUUUUGUAUGUGUACAAUACUUGUGUGAUGUGCACCAUGACAAGGUAUCUUAUACAGAAUUGUAAGUAGAUCCAUUUUAGGAAUAAUAAAAAUUAUUCAGGAUACUCUGCAGCUCCACAUUUCCCU